GAGGAUGAGUGAGGACAGGGAGAGAGAGAUAGUGGGAGAGCGAGCAAGGACAGGGAGAGAACAUGAUGGAGUGAGAGAGCAGAGAGAGAUAGUGGAUAAGUGAGUGAGUGAGGAGAGAGAGAGAGGGCUGAGCGCCAGGAACAGGAGGAGGAGGGGCAGCGCAGUGUCAGUUUGUUCUGGUGCUCGGGAGCGCAGCAGAAGUGUUGUGCAUCACAGUGUGGUGACAGUGACAGCAACGGCAGCUCAAACUGCUGCUCCAGAGCUGCAGGAGUAAACAACAACAACAACAGUUGCAUCCACAGGGAGACGUUCUACCUGUGUGCAGCCUGCAUAGGCAUGGCCAACCAACAGGACUCAGGCUUCUUUGAGAUCAGCAUCAAGUCUCUGCUCAAGUCCUGGAGUGGAUCGUCUCCAGUGGGAACCGGAUACAGUAAGCCACCCAUCCCUCCAGUGCUGAGUCCCCAAGGAGACAAGGGUCCUCCAGCCAUGAUGCCCAUUAGCAUUGACCCGGAGAGCCGGCCUGGGGAGUAUGUCCUCAAGAGCCUGUUCGUAAACUUUACCACGCUGUCAGAGCGCAAGAUACGCAUCAUCAUGGCCGAGCCGCUGGAGAAACCAUUGAUCAAGUCUUUGCAGAGGGGUGAGGAUCCUCAGUUUGACCAGGUGAUAACUGCUAUGAGUUCUCUGGCGGAGUACUGCCUCCCGUCCAUUCUGAGGACACUGUUUGACUGGUACAGAAGACAGAACGGUCUAGAGGACCCAGAGUCACACGAAUACAGACCCAGAGCCAACACCAAGUCAAAAAAUGAUGAACAGCACAGAGAUUUUCUACUUGAACGGAGGGACCUGGCAAUCGACUUCAUCUUCUCCCUCGUACUUAUAGAAGUUUUAAAACAGAUGCCGCUCCACCCUGUCCUGGACUGUUUGGUCAGUGAAGUCAUUAACUUGGCCUUUAAGCACUUUAGAUACAAAGAAGGGUAUCAUGGUCCUAACACUGGUAACAUGCACAUUGUAGCAGACCUCUAUGCAGAAGUCAUAGGAGUUUUAGCCCAGGCCAAAUUUCCUGCUGUGAAGAAAAAAUUUCUGUUUGAGCUGAAGGAGCUGAGACAGAAGGAGCAGAGUCCCUACGUGGUCCAGAGCACCAUCAGCCUCAUCAUGGGUGUCAAGUUCUUCCGCAUCAAGAUGUAUCCAGUGGAGGACUUUGAAGCCUCCUUCCAUUUCAUGCAGGACUGUGCCCAGUACUUUAUGGAAGUGAAGGACAAGGACAUUAAGCAUGCCCUGGCCGGCCUGUUUGUGGAGAUCCUAGUUCCUGUAGCGGCAGCUGUUAAGAACGAGGUGAACGUGCCGUGUCUAAGGAACUUUGUGGAGAGCCUGUAUGACACAACACUGGACCUCUCCUCCAGGAAAAAACACUCUCUGGCUCUCUACCCGUUGGUGACCUGUCUGCUGUGUGUCAGCCAGAAGCAUUUCUUCCUCAACAAAUGGACUGUCUUCCUUAACAACUGCCUCUCCAACAUCAAGAGUAAGGACCCCAAGAUGGCGCGUGUUGCCCUGGAGUCUCUUUACCGUCUUCUGUGGGUCUACAUGAUCAGGAUCAAGUGUGAGAGCAACACUGCUACACAAGGGCGUCUCAACACCAUCAUUACAACACUCUUCCCCAAGGGCUCUCGCAGUGUGGUGCCCAGAGAUAUGCCCCUCAACAUCUUCGUCAAAAUGAUCCAGUUUAUUGCACAGGAACGACUGGACUUUGCCAUGAAAGAGAUCAUCUUUGACCUUAUGUGUGUUGGGAAACCAGCCAAAGCCUUUAGUCUUAACCCAGAGAGAAUGAAUAUAGGUCUGAGAGCAUUCCUGGUGAUAGCUGACAAGCUCCAGCAGAAGGAUGGGGAGCCACCCAUGCCCAACACGGGAGCCACGCUGCCUUCGGGCAACACACUCAGGGUAAAGAAGACUUACCUGAGCAAAACACUGACUGAUGAUGAAGCCAAGGUCAUAGGUAUGUCCCUGUACUACUCCCAGGUGAGGAAGGCCAUAGACAAUAGCCUGAGACACCUGGACAAGGAGGUGGGCCGAUGCUUGAUGAUGACCAACGUCCAGAUGCUCAACAAAGAGCCUGAAGACAUGAUCACAGGAGAGAGGAAGCCGAAGAUCGACAUGUUCAGGACGUGUGUGGCGGCCAUCCCUCGCAUCCUGCCAGACGGCAUGUCCAAGCCCGAACUCAUAGACCUGCUAUCUCGGUUGACGAUUCACAUGGACGACGAGCUACGCCUCAUAGCCCAGAACUCCCUCCAGAGUUUACUGGUAGACCUCCCUGAGUGGCGUGAUGACGUCCUGUUUGGCUUUACCAAUUUCCUGUUGCGGGAGGUUCAGGACAGCCACCAGGCCCUACUGGACAACUCUCUCCGGCUGCUGCUCCAGCUGUUGACCCAGUGGAGACUGGCUCUGUCAGCCCCAGAGAAGGGCUGCGACACAGCAGAGUUGGGCUCCAGCCAACGCGUGUCGGUGGAACACGGACCCCACUCCACAGUGCUGCACGCCAUGGAGGGCCUGGCCUUGCUCCUGCUCUGCUCCUGUCAGCUCACAACACGCAAACUGGCCAUGGCAAUCCUCCGGGAGAUACGAUGCCUGUUCCUUGCCAUUGGACAGGCUGAGGAUGAUGACAAACCCAUGAUAGAGGUCAUGGACCAACUGAGCCUGGCGGUUCUGGAAAGUUUUGUCCACGUAGCAGCGUCAGAUAUGGCCACUCUUCCGUUGGGCCACCAAGUGGACCUGCAAUGGCUGCUUGAGUGGAACUCCAUGCUGGUCAACAGCCACUAUGAUAUCCGGAGCCCGUCCCACGUGUGGAUCUUUGCCCAGUCGGUCAAGGACCCCUGGGUGCUCUGUCUCUACAGCCUGCUGCGCCAGGACCACCUGCCCAAACACUGCCCCACCGCCCUUAGCUACACCUGGUCCUACGUCUUCACACGCAUGCAGCUGCUCAUGCCCCUGGUGGACCCCACUAACCCAGUAUACACUAAGAAGACCAGCAGCACAUCGGGUGGUGGAGACAGCUACGUGACCCUGUGGAGGAACUACCUGAUCCUGUGUUUUGGAGUGGCCAAGCCUAGCAUCAUGAGCCCCGGCCAACUGAGAGCCUACACCCCUGAGAUCACAGCCACUACACCUGACGGCAGCAUCAACUACGACAACAAGGUGAUUUGGACCCCCUCAGUAGCUUGGCUCCUGAAGCAGCUGGUCCCUCUAAUGAGAACAGAGAGCAUCGAGCUGACAGAGUCCUUGGUGCUAGGCUUUGGACGCACCAACUCCCUGGUCUUCAGGGAGCUGGUAGAGGAGCUGCAUCCUUUAAUGAAGGAAGCUUUGGAGAGAAGACCAGAGAACAAGAAGCGCCGUGAGCGGAGAGACCUCCUGAGGCUGCAGCUUCUGAGGAUAUUUGAGCUGCUGGCUGACUCUGGUGUCAUCAGUGAUAGCACCAACGGGGCUCUGGAGCGGGAUACGUUGGCCCUGGGAGCUCUGUUCCUAGAGUACGUGGACCUGACACGUAUGCUUCUGGAGGCGGAGAAUGACAAAGAGCUAGAGAUCCUCAAGGACAUCCGAGCUCACUUCAGUGCCAUGGUGGCCAACCUCAUCCAGUGUGUUCCCGUCCACCACCGACGCUUCCUCUUCCCGCAGCAGAGCCUAAGGCACCACCUCUUCAUCCUGUUCAGCCAAUGGGCUGGUCCCUUCAGCGUCAUGUUCACGCCUCUCGAUCGUUACAGUGACAGGAACCACCAGAUCACCAGAUACCAGUACUGCGCCCUCAAGGCCAUGUCUGCGGUGUUGUGCUGUGGACCUGUGUUCGACAACGUUGGACUGUCCCCAGACGGAUACCUCUAUAAGUGGCUGGAUAACAUUCUAGCCUGCCAGGACCUACAGGUUCGCCAGCUGGGCUGUGAGGUAGUUAUUCUGCUGCUGGAGUUGAAUGCUGACCAGGUCAACCUGUUUAACUGGGCGGUCGACCGCUGCUUCACCGGCUCCUACCAACUGGCCUCUGGCUGUUUCAAGGCCAUCACCACCAUCUGUGGCAGCAGAAACUAUCCCUGUGACAUUGUGACUUUGUUGAAUUUGGUGCUCUUCAAGGCAUCAGACACCAGCAGGGAAAUGUAUGAAAUCUCAAUGCAGCUAAUGCAGAUUCUGGAGGCAAAGCUGCUUGUGUAUUCCAAGACGAUAGCAGACCAGAAGCCCAGUAGUAUCCUGGAUAGGACCCACAGACCUCUGCCUCCCCUCUACAACAUCUCUCUAGCCCAGCUCUCACAGCAACUGGCUAGGAUGUACCCCGAACUCACUCUGCCUCUCUUCUCAGAGGUUAGCCAGCGUUUCCCUACCACUCACCCCAACGGCCGUCAGAUCAUGCUGACCUAUUUGCUGCCCUGGCUCUCUAACAUCGAGCUGAUGGACAGCUGCCUGCUGCCACUGGUCUCCAGCCCCUGCAGCCCUGAGGAGGAGACCCCGGACCAGACCGGCACCACCGCGGGACAAGUCCCCCAACACACCCUAAGGGGAAUGGGCUGGGGCUCGCUGUUGGCCACCUCGCUGGUCCUUAACAACCUCAUGUUCAUGACCGCCAAGUAUGGUGAUGAUGUUCCAGGACCAGAGAUGGAGAAUGUCUGGAACGCUCUGGCCAGCAACGACAGGUGGACCAACAAUCUGAGGACUACCCUGCAGUUCCUCAUCAGUCUGUGUGGAGUGAGCAGCGACACUUCUCUGCUGCCUUAUAUCAAGAAGGUGGUGAUCUACCUGUGUCGUAACAACACCACUCAGACCAUGGAGGAGCUGUUGUUCGAGCUGCAGCAGACAGACCCGGUCAACCCUGUGGUACAGCACUGUGACAACCCACCUUUCUACUGCUUCGCUGCCACCAGCAAGACCUCCACCGCCACCUCAGGUACAACAUCCAGUAGCAACACUGUAGUUGCUGGCCAAGAGAGUUUCCCUGACGCAGAUGACAUUAAAGCAGCCAAAGAGAACGAAGAGAGGUUGAGUAACAUCAUGAGGCACCACAACUGCCUGGAAUCCCGAUACAGCAACAGUUCUGGAGGCUCCUACGAGGAGGAGAAGAGUGAGCCCCUUCCGCCGUACACUGGUUGGCUGAUGAGCGUUGUGGAGACCAAUCAGCCACUCCCUUUGCCUAUGCCUGUCAACGGAGGCUGCUGGGCUCCCCUUGUGGACUACCUCCCUGAAACCGUCACUCCUAAGGGACCUCUACACAGGUUUAACAUCGCGGUGAUCUUCAUGACCGAGAUGGUGGUUGACCACGGUGUGAGAGAAGACUGGGCCUUGCACCUGCCACUGCUGCUCCAUGCCCUCUUUCUGGGCAUGGAUCACUACCGUCCCGAGGUGUUUGAGCACAGCAAGCGUCUCCUCCUGCACCUACUCAUCACGCUGUCCUGCAACCGCAACUUCCAGAAUAUCGCCUCCGUCCUACUGCAGACACGAGAGGUCAAUAGCAGCAAGACCUUGACCAGCAAGUCAAGCUACCAGCCUGAAUACUUCACUACUACAGGUGGCAUGGACUUCCUGCAAGAGGACCAGGCAUCCCCAGUACCAGACUCUGGCCUCAGCUCCUCGUCCACCUCUUCCAGCCUCAGCCUGGGAGGCAGCACCUCCAACCUGCCCCAUAUCUCCUCCCAGGAGACGGAGGAGCUGAAAAGCCCCUCAGAGACAGACGAGAAGACCAACAAGCUGAUUGAGUUCCUCACCACCAGGGCCUGUGGCCCCAUGUGGUGUCACGAAGCUAUCUCACCCAAGAACCAGACCUCAAAAAGCACUGAGCAGCUUGUCAACUUUCUGCGUUAUGUGGUGUCUGUGUUCAAAGAGUCCAAAUCAGACUUCCACCUGGAGCAGCAGUUGAGUGACAUAGCUCUGCAGAUGGGUCUGUGUAGCUUGUCACGCCACUACGCCGGGAGGUCCUUCCAGGUGGUUCGGGGACUGCGGCAGCCGCUCUCGGCCCACGCCGUGUUCGACCUGCUCUCGCGACUGGUGGAGGUGGUGGGGGAGCACGGGGAGGAAGUACAGGGUUAUGUUAUGGAAGUGUUGCUCACCUUAGAGUCUGUGGUGGACAACCUGGCUGAAUGUCUCAAGAACAAUGACCUAAUGGCUAUCCUGAACAGGGCAUCCUCCCCAGACUUCCUUACCAGCGGGAAGUUGGUGUCCAACAGGAAGAGCACGGGGCAGCUGAACCUGUUCCAGCAGGGUCUGGGGACAGCCGAGCGCAGCCGUCACCAGAGGAGCUACUCCGUCCCCAAGAGGUUUGGUGAGGCUGACCGCUCAUCCGACCCUCCUCGCAGCGCUACACUGGACCGCGUCCAGGCCUGCACCCAGCAGGGAGGGCUGACCAAGACCCGCAGUCCGUCCUCUUCCAAAGAACCCCCGAGUGACCUAGCCAACGUCAACCACCCGUCCAACCUGCUGGCCACCAUCUUCUGGGUUGCUGUGUCCCUGAUGGAGUCAGACUUUGAGUUUGAGUACCAGAUGUCCCUGCGGCUGCUCCUCAAGCUGUUGGCCCACGUGGCCCUGGACAAGCAGGAGAACAGGGAGCGGCUGGAGAAGCUGCAGGGCCAGCUGAGGUGGAGUGGCUUCGCCGGACUCCAGCAGCUGCUCCUCAAGGGCUUCACGUCCACUUCCACCACCGACCUCACCCUGCACAUCUUCUGCCAGCUCACGCCUGUCUCGCGGGUGCCCGUGGUGGACACCUCACAAGCCAUAGGUUUUCCUCUGAACGUUCUCUGUCUGCUGCCACAUCUGGUCCAGAACUUCGACGGCCCAUCCCAGUUCUGUAAAGACGUGGCGCAGAGAAUAGCUCAGGUAUGCUUAGAGGAGAAGAAUUCAAAACUGUCCAACUUGGCCCAUGUGAUGACCCUGUACAAAACACACUCGUACACCCGGAACUGCUUCUCCUGGGUCAACGUCGUCUGUCGCUAUCUCCACGAGGCCUUCUCCGAGAUCACCCUCAACAUGGUCACUUACAUGGCCGAGUUGUUGGAGAAGGGUCUACCCAGCAUGCAGCAGACCUUGCUCCAGAUCAUCUACAGCCUGCUGAGUCACAUGGACCUGUCAGUCAUUCAGGCCAAGCCAUUCAAUAUGGAGGUCCUCAAGACCAUCGAGAAGUUUGUCCAGACGGCCCACUGGAGGGAAGCCCUGAACAUCCUAAAGCUAGUGGUGUCCCGGUCAGCUAGCCUGGUGCAGCCAACGUCCCCCCACAGCGAGCUGGCCCACCUGGACCUCCAGGUGUGGGAGCGCUCCUCCAAAGCCCUGCCCGGGAAAACACUGGACUUUACCUUUGACAUCUCUGAGACACCAGUGAUUGGCAGGAGGUAUGAGGAGCUGCAAGGUUCUCCAGGCCGGGAGGGGAAAAGCCGGGCCAUAGCUGUGACCUGCAGCACCUCCUCCACCUCCUCGGGCUCCACCUCCAACAACGUCCUGGUUCCAGUCAGCUGGAAAAUACCCCAGUCCUCUCAGAAGAGGACACGGGAGAAGCUGGUGAAUGUGUUGUGUCUGUGUGGACAGGGAUUGGGGCUCACCAAAAACCCUUCGGUGAUCUUCUCCAGCUGUGGCGACCUGGACCUGAUGGAUCUGCAGCCCAGCCUGGUGUCAUCUGAGGAGGGGACACAGGAGCCGGACAACAACAUGGAUGACACCACGUCCGAACAACAAUUCAGAGUCUUCAGAGACUUUGACUUCCUGGACGUGGAGCUAGAGGAAGGAGAGGGGGAGACAAUGGACAGCUUCAACUGGGGGGUGCGGAGACGCUCCAUGGAUAGCCUGGACAGGAGUGACAUGGUGCCCCUGGAUGACAGUGAGCUGUCCAGCAGCACACCCAGCCUAGGCCAGUUCACCCACCAGGACUCAGAGGAAUCGUCAGAGGAAGAGUCCAUCACCGCCAGCCAGAUCCUCUCUCAAUCCCAGGUGAUUGUGAAUCUCUCCCCCACCGAGGAGGUCAAUCAACUGGGCUCUCUGUACACCUCCGGUGACAACUCAUCCGCUGACCCUCCUCUUCCCCCUCUGCACACCCGAACGUCCAGUUUCGAGGUCUCGCUGGCAGAGAAUUCAAUGUCGAGGGCUGAGGUAUCAGUAGAAGACGAGGACACGAACAUCCAUGAGGAUGACCUGUCCAUCAGUGACCUCCUGCCAGGGUUUGACUGCAGCGGCGACAGCUUCAGCCUGGAAAAUCUGGCUCCGGGAGACGACCGUGGAGAAGUGGACCUGGACUUCAGCGCACUGCCCAGUCUCGGCGAGGAGGAGAGAGACGAGCUGAUGGAGUCUCGUUCUUCCCUUCCUCCGUCACCCUUCUUCUCGGCCAUCCUGGCGGCGUUCCAGCCGGCGGUGUGCGACGACGCCGACGAGGCGUGGCGGAGGCACAUCAACCAGCUGGUGUCCGACUCAGACGGCUCCUGCGCCAUCUACACCUUCCAAGUCUUCUCUUCCUUCUUCCAGAGUAUUCAGAGUAAGUUCUGCUCCCUAACCUGUGACGCUGCGGGUUACCUAGGAGAUGGCCUGCGAGGGAUAGGUUCCAAGUUCCUCAGGUCGUCCCAGAUGCUGACAUCAUGCUCCGAGUGUCCUACGCUGUUCAUAGACGCUGACACCGUCAUCUCCUAUGGGCUCCUGGAGAAGAUUAAAUUUAGUGUACUGGAACUCCAAGAAUAUCUGGACACUUACAACAGCAGGAAAGAAGCAGCCAUAGCUUGGUUAACCAACUGCAAGGCCACCUUCACCAUAGGCAGUGGGGAUGUCAUGAUUACCAACCAGCCGGGAGAAUACGAGGAAAAGCAACUGGAGCUGUGUCAACGACUCUACAAGCUCCACUUUCAGCUGCUGCUGCUCUUUCAGUCCUACUGUAAGCUGAUUGGGCAGGUCCAUUUUAUCAGCUCUGUCCCAGAGCUGAUGAAUAUGUCCAAAGAGCUGAAUGAACUGAAGGGCAGUCUGCGGGCUGCAGCAGCCUCCGUGACCUCCAGUGACCUCCAGGCUGCCCAGGAGAAAUCCUCCUCCUCUGAGCCCACCUUCCUCUCCUCUGAGGCGGCUGUACAAGCCAUCCUGGAAGCUCUGAAGAACCACGAGUUCACCACAGCCAUCCGCUACAUCCGCGAGUGCAGGAGGGUGUGGCCCAGUGACAUUUUCGGCAGCAGCUCUGAGGACGAGACACAGACGUUGCUGAACAUCUACUUCAGAUACCAGACGCUGGGCCAGAUGGGCACCUUUGCACUGGUGGGUUCCAAGCAGGACCUCUCGGAGAUCUGCGUCAAGCUGAUGGAGCUCAACAGGGAGAUCAGGGACAUGAUACGCCGGGCCCAGGGCUACCGAGCCAUUACGACCUUUCUCCCAGACUCCGGUGUGUCUGGCUCCAGUCUCUGACACUCAGGAGGAAUGCUGUGCCUGACUCCAGGCCCCAGUCCCAGCCCAAACUGAGCCCCCAGCCUUAGCACCAGUUCACUGCCCUGCUCUAGCCCCAACACCAGCCAUAUACAUUAACCUCAGCCUUUGCCCCAGCUCACUACACUGCCUCAGCCCCGAAAUUCGGCCUAGCCCUAGCCGCAGGUCACUGACCUGCCUCAGCCCUAUACCCCCAUCAUGAUCUCAGCUACAGCCUCUAUCCUCAGCCCCUGUCCUGUGCGCUGCUCCAGCCCUCCAACCUAAUCCUACCCUGGGUAUGCUGCUAUGGUUACUGUGGUCACAGCAAGCUCUCUCCUUGUGUCCCUUCUCAGAGCAGGGGGCCCUAAGAAUGUACCACUAUUCAGCUCGCCAGAUGUGCAGCAAUACUGUGGGAGUGAAAGUGACGAAGCACAACUUUGCUCUUAGAAACAAACAUGAGCUUUUAUUGCACUAAUAUUUCUGGAUAACAUCACACAGCGGCCACUUGCUACUGAGUUCAAUGGCUUUCACGUCUAACAGAAGACAUACCAAAGUUACAAUUAACUUUUUCUUCUGCUGAGUAUCAAUUAUUUUACAUUUUUAAGGGAAAAUGUGCAAUGCUUCACAGAAGUGAAAGACUUCUGUGAAGACUACUGUAUCAUGAAAAAAUGUGUAUUUUAUUUUAGUGCUUUUCGCUACUUGAAUAUUAUGGAUUGCAGGCAAAAUUAUGCUGAAUAUUUUGAAAUAGAGAGCCUGAGUGUUUAUGUGAAACUGACUGUAACCAGACUACAAUCCAUUAACACUGCAAAGCACAGACAUACAGUAUAUGCAUAUAUCUAUCGGAUUGUAUUCAGACCUCUUUUUCCACAUUUUGUUGUUACAGCCUUCUAAAAUGUAUUGCAUUGAUUUUUUUUCCUCUCAUCAAUCUACACACAAUACCCCAUAAUGUCAAAGCAAAAACAGGCUUUUAGAAAUGUUUGCUAAUUACUUAUUUUUUUAAAACCCUGAAAUUUCACAUUUACAUAAGUAUUCAGGCCCUUUACUCAGUACUUUGUUGAAGCACCUUCGGCAGCAAUUAAAACCUUGGGUCUUCUUGGGUAUGAUGCUACAAGCUUGGCACACCUGUAUUUUGGGAGUUUCUCCCAUUCUUCUCUGCAGAUCCUCUCAAGCUCUGUCAGGAUGGAUGGGGAGUGUUGCUGCACAGCUAUUUUCAGGUCUCUCCAGAGAUGUUUGAUCGGGUUCAAGGCCAGGCUCUGGCUGGGCCACUAUAGGACAUUUAGAGACGUGUCCCGAAGCCACUCUUGCUUUGUCUUGGCUGUGUGCUUAAGGUCGUUGUCCUGUUGGAAGGUGAACCUACUCCCCAGUCUGAGGUCCUAAGCGCUCCUGAGCAGGUUGUCAUCAAGGGUCUCUCUGUCUUUGCUCCGUUCAUCUUUCCCUCGAUCCUGACUAAUCUCCCAGUCCCUGCGGAUGAAAAACAUCCCCACCACAUGAUGCUGCCACCACCAUGCUUCAUCGUAGAGAAGGUGCCAGACAUGUUGCUUGGCAUUCAGGCCAAAGAUUUCAAAAAGACGUCUUUAGGUGCAAACUCCAAGCUGGCUGUCCUGUGCCUUUUACUGAGGAGUGGCUUCCGUCUGGCCACUCUACCAUAAAGGCCUGAUUGGUGGAGUGCUGCAGAGAUGGUUGUCCUUCUGGAAGGUUCUCCCAUCUCCGCAGAGGAACUCUCGAGCUCUGUCAGAGUGACCAUCAGUUUCUUGGUCACCUCCCUGAUUAUUCAGUUUGGCCGGGUGGCCAGCUCUAAGAGGAGUCUUGGUGGUUCCCAACUUCUUCCAUUUAAGAAUGAUGGAGGCCACUGUGUUCUUGGGGACCUUCAAUGCAGAAGCCAUUUUUUUGGUAACCUUCCCCAGACCUGUGCCUCAAAACAAUCUUGUCUCAGAGCUCUAUGGACAAUUCCUUUGACCUCAUGGCUUGGUUUUUGCUCUGACAUGCACUGUCAACUGUGGGACCUUAUAUAGGCUGGUGUGUGACUUUCCAAAUCAUGUCCAAUCAAUUGAAUUUACCACAGGUGGACUCCAAGUUGUAGAAACAUCUCAAGGAUGAUUUAUUUUUUUAUUUAACCUUUAUUUAACCAGGUAAGCUAGUUGAGAACAAGUUCUCAUUUGCAACUGCGACCUGGCCAAGAUAAAGCAUAGCAGUUCGACACAUACAACAACAGAGUUACACAUGGAAUGAAUAAAACAUAGUCAAUAAUACAGUAGAAAAAAAAUAAAAAAAUGUCUAUAUAUAGUGAGUGCAAAUUAGGUCAAAUAAGGGAGUUAAGGCAAUAAAUAGGCCAUGGUGACGAAGUAAUUACAAUAUGGCAAUAUAACACUGGAAUGGUAGAUGUGCAAAAGAUGGAUGUGCAAGUAGAGAUACUGUGGUGCAAAAGGAGCUAAAUAAAUAAAUACAGUAUGGGGAUGAGGUAGAUGGAUGGGCUGUAUACAGAUGGGCUAUGAACAGGUGCAGUGAUCUAUGAGCUGCUCUGACAGCUGGUUCUUAAAGCUAGUGAGGGAGAUGGGAAUCUCCAGCUUCAGUGAUUUUUGCAGUUCAUUCAGGUCAGUGGCAGCAGAGAACUGGAAGGAAAGGCGACCAAAGGAGGAAUUGGCUUUGGGGGUGACCAGUGAGAUAUACCUGCUGGAGCGCAUGCUACGAGUGGGUGCUGCUAUGGUGACCAGCGAGCUGAGAUAGGGCGGGGCUUUACCUAGCAGAGACUUGUAGAUAACCUGUAGCCAGUGUGUUUGGCGACGAGUAUGAAGCGAGGGCCAGCCAACGAGAGCGUACAGGUCACAGUGAUGGGUAGUAUAUGGGGCUUUGGUGACAAAACGGAUGGCACUGUGAUAGACUACAUCCAGUUUGCUGAGUAGAGUGUUGGAGGCUAUUUUAUAGAUGACAUCGCCCUAGUCAAGAAUCGGUAGGAUGAUCAGUUUUACGAGGGUAUGUUUGGCAGCAUGAGUGAAGAAAGCUUUGUUGCGAAAUAGGAAGCCAAUUCUAGAUGUAAUUUUUGAUUGGAGAUGCUUAAUGUAAGACUGUAAGGAGAGUUUACAGUCUAGCUAGACACCUAGGUAUUUGUAGUUAUCCAGAGCCGUCCAGAGUAGUGAGGCUGGACGGGCGGGCAGGUGCGGGCAAUGAUCGGUUGAAUAGCAUGCAUUUAGUUUUAUUUGCGUUUUAAGAGCAGUUGGAGGCCACGGAAGGAGAGUUGUAUGGUAUUGAAGCUCAUUUGGAGGUUAGUUAACACAGUGUCCAAUGAAGGGCCAGAAGUAUACAGAAUGGUGUCGUCUGCGUAGAGGUGGAUCAGAGAAUCACCAGCAGCAAGAGCGACAUCAUUGAAGUCUACAGAGGAGAGAGUCGGCCCGAGAAUUGAACCCUGUGGCACCCCCAUAAGAGACUGCCAGAGGUCUGGACAACAGGCCCUCCGAUUUGACACACUGAGCUUUAUCAGAAAAGUAGUUGGUGAACCAGGCGAGGCAAUCAUUUGAGAAACCAAGGCUGAGUCUGCCAAUAAGAAUGUGGUGAUUGACAGAGUCGAAAGCCUUGGCCAGGUCGAUGAAUACAGCUGUACAGUAAUGUCUCUUAUCGAUGGCAGUUAUGAUAUCGUUAAGGACCUUGAGUGUGGCUGAGGUGCACCCAUGACCAGCUCGGAAACCAGAUUGCAUAGCGGAGAAGGUACGAUGUGAUUCAAAAUGGUCAGUAAUCUGUUUGUUAACUUAGCUUUCGAAGACCUUAGAGAUGCAGGGUAGGAUAUAUAUGUAUGUAUGUGUGUGUGUGUGUGUGUGUGUGUGUGUGUGUGUGUGUGUGUGUGUGUGUGUGUGUAUAUGUCUGUAGCAGUUUGGGUCUAGAGUGUCUCCCCCUUUGAAGAGGUGGAUGACCGCGGCAGCUUUCCAAUCUUUGGGAAUCUCAGACGAUACGAAAGAGAGGUUGAACAGGCUAGUAAUAGGGGUUGCAACAAUUUCGGCAGAUAAUUUUAGAAAGAGAGGGUCCAGAUUGUCUAGCCCAGCUGAUUUGUAGGGGUCCAGAUUUUGUAGCUCAUGAUCAAUGAAAACAGGAUGCACCUGAGCUCAAUUUUGAGCCUAAUAGCAAAGGGUCUGAAUACCUAUAAGGUUUUUAAUACAUUUUAUUUUUAAUACAUUUGCAAACAUUUCUAAAAACCUGUUUUCACUUUGUCAUUAUGGGGUAUUGUCUGUAGAUUGCUGAGGAUUUUUUUUCAUACAUUUAGUAUAAUGCUGUAACGUAACACAGAUGUGGAAAAAGUCAAGGUGUCUGAAUAAUUUCCGCAAGGCAGUGUAGAUACAUGCUCAACUACUCUGAUAUGCUGCAGAUCUACUGUCUCGAGGACCUAGAUACCGCAUUGGGCUAGCUAUUACUUAAAAUAUUUACAAAUGUUACCUUUCUAUGCUAUAGCUAUUUUGCUUAAAUGAGAAUUAUAUUUACAUGAAAUGAAUAUGCUUUGAACUGACUAGUUUUUAUAGAAAGAGAAUAAGAACAUUUAUUUUGUCUGUUAAAACUGCCAAGCAUGCACAUUUUAUGUACUAUAAAGUGUAAUAGAAAUAUUUAUGGAUAUGAGAAACUAUUUUAACUCCGUUGCAUUUGUACUGUACAUAGUGCAAGUGGAGCUUUGCUCGUGCUUGUAAGAUUGUAUUUUCAUGUUUUAAAUUUAAUGUUGGACUAUGCAUGUAACUGAAUAUUUGUAAAGCUCCUGUAGGGACUGUUUCACCUGUAAAUACUACUGCUUUUGUGAUGUAUACUGUACUUGUGUUCUGUACACUUCUGUAACAAUAAAAAAUAUACUUUAUUUUA